AUGGAACCCGAUACGAGUGCUUCGUUAUUUGAUACAACAGACAUCAUUUUUUUGGCAGCUAUCGGCCUAGGCACCAUUGCCUGGUUCAAUCGACAACAGAUAUCCGACUUAUUGUUUGGCAGUAAGCAUGCCAAGCCUAUUACGGAAACAACGUCUACUACCUCCAAGAGAGAAACCAACUUUGUCAAAGUGAUGGACCAACAGGGUCGUAGAGUGAUUGUUUUUUAUGGCUCACAAACGGGUACAGCUGAAGGUUUUGCUGCACGCAUUGCCAAAGAGAUUACUCAACGUUAUGGUGUCAGCACGAUGACAGCCGAUUUGGAUCUGUACGAUCUUAGCUACUUGGAUCAGUUACCCAGCGAUAAGUUGGCCAUUUUUGUCAUGGCAACUUAUGGUGAGGGUGAACCUACGGAUAAUGCUGUUGAAUUUUGGGAUAAUAUCAUGGAAGAGGAUCCUACGUUCAGUAACCCCGAGGACGAGGAAAAACCUCUCCGUAACUUGCGUUACAUGGCAUUCGGUUUGGGUAAUAAGACCUAUGAUCAAUACAAUGCGGUGAUUAGAAAGGUCGAUGAGCGUUUGUCAAAGCUGGGUGCUAAAAGAAUCGGUGAGCGUGGCGAAGGUGAUGAUGAUGGCACGAUGGAAGAAGACUUUUUGGCGUGGCAAGAAGACAUGUGGCCUGCCUUUUGUGAAGCAUUGGGUGUUGACGAAAACAGUGCUCAAUCUGGACCGAGACAGCCUGCUUAUGAAGUCGAAGAAUUGACUGAAUUUGACAAGGCCAAGCUGUACCUUGGUGAACUAGGUGAAUGGAUGAAAGAAGGAGCUAAGAUCGUCUACGAUGCGAAGCGCCCUUAUAAUGCUCCCAUUGUCUCCAAAGAACUGUUUAAAGGCGGUGAUCGUCACUGUUUGCACAUGGAAAUUGAUAUAUCCGAUUCGAACUUGACCUAUCACACAGGGGAUCACGUGGCUGUCUGGCCUACCAAUAGCGAAGUAGAGGUCGAAAGACUGGCCAAAGCAUUGGGAUUGAUGGAUAAAUUAGAUGCGAUUGUUCGAGUGCAAGCGGUGGAUGUAGCAGCCUCCAAGAAAUAUCCUUUCCCUGUACCAACAACGUAUCGCGCUAUUUUCCGUCACUAUCUCGAUAUCCACUCUGUUGUUUCUCGUCAAACACUGAUGACACUGGUCGAAUAUGCGCCCACUGAAAUCUCGAAGCAGCUUUUGCACAAACUCGCGACGGAUAAAGAUGAAUAUCGUCGUCGCGUGGGUGAUGUCAACCGCAGCUUGGGUGAAGUCUUGGAGAUGAUGGCUGGUACUGAAGGCAGAGAACUCAACCACAGCUUCGCAACGAUUCCUUUUGACCUUAUUGUCGAAGAUAUUCCUCGUCUGCAACCGCGUUAUUAUUCUAUUUCCUCCUCCUCGAAGGAAGAUCCCAAAAAGAUUUCUAUUACUGUCGUUACGCUUCAAUACAAUCCUGAUCAAGCCGAUCCCCGUACUGUUUAUGGCGUGAACACAAACUACCUGUAUCGAAUUCACGAGGCGAUCAAUGACCUCAAAGCCGAUGCUCUCCUUCCGCAAUACAGCUUGACAGGUCCCCGUAGCGUUUUGUAUGCAGGAGCAGGUGGGGUGGCAAAGGUUCCCGUUCACGUUCGCCGCUCUCAAUUCCGACUCCCCCGAAACAUCCAAGUCCCUGUCAUCAUGGUGGGCCCUGGUACGGGUGUUGCUCCUUUCCGUGGUUUCGUGAGAGAGCGUUGCCUUCAAAAGAAAGAGGGCAAGCCUGUGGGUCCUACCAUUUUAUUCUUUGGUUGCCGUAACUCUGCUGAAGACUUUAUUUACAAUGAAGAAUGGCCCGAGCUUUUUGAAACCUUGGGUGCACCAUCGCGUAUCAUUACAGCUUUCUCUCGUGAACAAGCUCAGAAGGUGUAUGUUCAACAUCGCUUGAUGGAGCAUGGUGCUGAGAUGUGGGAUUAUAUUCAAAAAGGUGCUUACAUUUAUGUCUGUGGUGACGCAAGGAAUAUGGCCCGUGAUGUCAACCAAACAUUCAUCCACUUUGCCAAGGAGUUUGGUAGUAUGGAGGAUGCCAAAGCACAAGAAUAUAUCAAGAGUUUGAGAACCACAGGUCGUUAUCAAGAAGACGUAUGGAGCUAA